UCCACUGGAUCGGCACCGCGUUUUCAAAAUUGACAGUCCGGUGAAAGUCACCAAACCCAUUUGGAUCGUCCAUCCGUCGGUGGACGCACGUGAAUCGCCGUAAAAACGCACCGCUUUUAUUUAUUAACGCAUCUCCGGUGAGCCGGACCACGUAAAAUGCCGUCGGACGCCAAGAAACGCGAACAGCAGAGGAAGAAGGAUGCGGCCAAGGCCCGCGGGGGCACCAAGAAGACACCGGCGCCCGCCCAGAAGAACGGCGAGACCACCAACGGCGUCUCCAAUGGGCAGAACGAGGAAAUCAGUGCUGAAGAGGCACUGUGUGCAAAGUUGGAGGCGGACGCCCGCCUGAAUGCGGAGGCACGCGCCUGCACCGGUUCCCUGGCCGUCCACCCGAAGUCCCGUGACAUUAAAAUCGCCAACUUCUCGAUCACCUUCCACGGCAGCGAAAUGUUGCAGGAUGCCAUGCUCGAGUUGAAUUGUGGUCGUCGUUACGGUUUACUAGGCCUGAACGGCAGCGGAAAGUCCACGAUUUUGGCUGUGUUGGGCAACAGGGAGGUCCCCAUUCCGGAACACAUCGACAUCUUCCACUUGACCCGCGAGAUGCCGGCGUCCGAUAAAACAGCCUUGCAGUGCGUCAUGGAGGUGGAUGAAGAGAGGGUGAGGCUUGAGAAGAUGGCUGAUGAACUGGUCGCCUGCGAGGAUGACGAGUCGCAGGAGCAACUCAUGGACAUUUACGAGCGUUUGGAUGAAAUCUCUGCGGAUACGGCUGAAGCGAGGGCCGCCAACAUACUUAACGGUUUAGGUUUUACACCCGCCAUGCAGAACAAGAAAACCAAGGACUUCAGUGGAGGCUGGAGAAUGAGGAUUGCGUUGGCCAGAGCCCUGUACGUCAAGCCACAUCUGUUGUUGCUCGACGAACCCACCAACCACUUGGAUUUGGACGCUUGCGUAUGGCUUGAAGAAGAACUCAAGAAUUACAAGAGAAUCCUGGUGCUGAUCUCCCACUCGCAGGACUUCCUGAACGGCGUCUGCACCAACAUUAUUCACAUCAACAAGAAACGCCUGAAAUACUACACCGGUAACUACGACGCCUUCGUCAAAACCCGCAUGGAACUGCUCGAGAACCAGAUGAAACAGUACAACUGGGAACAGGACCAGAUCAACCACAUGAAGAACUACAUCGCAAGGUUCGGUCACGGCUCAGCCAAGUUGGCCAGACAGGCUCAGUCUAAGGAAAAGACUUUGGCGAAAAUGGUGGCCCAAGGGCUGACGGAGAAAGUGACCAACGAGAAAACAGUCACGUUCUAUUUCCCGAGCUGCGGCACCAUUCCACCGCCAGUUAUCAUGGUGCAGAACGUCAGCUUCAGGUACAACGAUGUUACGCCUUGGAUUUACAAGAACUUGGAGUUCGGUAUCGAUUUGGACACUAGGUUGGCCUUGGUAGGGCCCAAUGGAGCUGGAAAAAGUACCUUGUUGAAACUACUCUAUGGAGACUUGACACCGACGGAGGGUAUGAUCAGGAAGAACUCUCACUUGCGCAUCGCCCGUUAUCACCAACAUUUACACGAACUUCUAGACCUGGAUCUGUCGCCCCUUGAGUACAUGAUGAAGGAGUUCCCCGACGUCAAGGAAAAGGAGGAGAUGAGGAAGAUCAUCGGGCGAUACGGUCUCACCGGACGUCAACAAGUUUGUCCAAUUCGUCAACUGUCUGACGGACAAAGGUGCAGGGUGGUGUUUGCGUGGCUGGCCUGGCAAGCACCGCAUCUCUUGCUACUUGACGAACCCACCAAUCACUUGGACAUGGAGACCAUCGAUGCCCUUGCCGAUGCCAUAAACGACUUCGAAGGUGGCAUGGUGCUUGUCAGUCACGACUUCAGGCUCAUCAAUCAAGUGGCCGAGGUAAUUUGGGUUUGCGAGAACGGAACGGUGACGAAAUGGCAAGGAGGCAUUUUGGAUUACAAGGAUCAUCUGAAGAAUAAAAUCUUGAAAGAGAAUUCGAAACGGAAAUCUCAAGAAAAACACGUUGUAACAAGUUCAGAAGACAGCACAACCCCACAACAAUUCUUUCCGGGCUACAAAACAGUUGAGGAUUUCACAAAAGAAGGCUUCAAAAUAUUAGUGGAAGCGAUAAGAAACUCAAAUGCCUUGCCUACGGGACGCGACUAUGACUUCUACCGCACACACGAUGCCUUCAAAACCAUCUUGUCCAAGGAAGGGGACAAAAUACAAACAAUGAUAAACAGCAUCCUAAGAAAGAAUGAUAUUGAAGGCAACAUUCGUAACAGAAUAGUAGCCGAUGCAACUGAACUGAUAAUAGAGGCGAACGACAACAUGUUGGAAAAAGUGGCCGGGAAUAUCGACGAAAUGAAUGGCAUCAGAAACGUUUCAAACAAACCUGUAGAAAUGCAAGCAGUGAGUGUAGAAUUGCCGACGAAUGGGGCAUGGAACCGUGCUGAAAACGCCAAACUUUCAAUAAGUUCUUCUGUGCCACCAGUGACAGACAGCAAUGCGGGCAAGACAAUUAGGUUAUUGACGGCCAAAAACAUUGUAAGACCACAAACAUUCUUCAAGGAUAAAAUAUGCAACGACUCGGAUAAACCAUGGGAACCGAGAAUAAAAGAAAAACCGAACUCGUUGAAGCCCCUGGCGAUAUUCUUGGAGGAAACGGAAAACGGGGAAGAGUAUUCUCAUCCCUACGAGUAUGAGCUGGAACGGUUCGAACCUGCGGACGAGUUUCUGCAGAAGGAAGAACCAAUCCAGCCAAAACCAAUUGAGGAGACCCCUUUGGUCGAGGUCACUGAGCCUGAGCAACUGGACGCAAUGCUGGAGGAACUGAGGGGCGUUAAAGUAAUUGCUAUUGAUUUGGAACAUCAUUCAUACAGGAGUUUUAUGGGGAUCACCUGCUUAAUGCAGAUUUCGACAUUGGAUAAAGACUAUCUUGUUGACACACUGAGCCUGAGGGACAAACUGUGGAUUCUCAAUGAGGUGUUCACCAAGCCCUCAAUUCUGAAGGUUUUUCACGGAGCAGACAUGGAUAUCCAGUGGUUGCAAAGGGAUUUGUCCCUGUAUAUUGUGAACAUGUUUGACACCCAUCAAGCGUCUAAAGUUCUGGAGUAUUCCGGAUUAUCGUUGUCGUAUUUGUUGAACAGAUUCUGUAACGUUACACCCAAUAAAUAUUUCCAGCUGGCAGACUGGAGGAUCAGACCUUUGCCGGAGGAAUUUAAGGCGUACGCCAGAGAAGACACGCACUACUUGAUUUACGUGUAUCAAAAGCUCAAGCAGGCCCUGUACGAAAGGGCCAACGGAAAAGACAACCUUCUGAAGUCCGUUUUUCAACGCAGCACCGAAAUAUGUUUGAAAAGAUAUUUCAAGCCAGUUUUAAGGGAAGACAGCUACAUGGAUUUCUAUAGGAAAGGCAAGCGAAUAUUCGACAACAGGCAACUGUACGCACUCAAAGAACUGUACAAAUGGCGGGACACAAUUUCGAGGGAGGAGGACGAGAGUACUGGGUACGUUUUACCCAAUCAUAUGUUGCUGCAGAUCGCCGAAAGUCUGCCCAGGGAGAUGCAGGGCAUUUUGGCGUGUUGUAACCCAAUACCACCUCUAGUUAAGGCCAACCUAUUAAACUUGCAUCAGUUUAUUUUGAGGGCCAGGGAACAGUCACUCAACAAGCCGAUUUUGCAAGAAGAAACCAGGUCAAGGGGCCAAACGAUUAAGGUGUCUAAAUUGAACAUGGACAGCCCCUUGUACUGCCCCCACGAUUUGAGCAAGAGCGGCGAGUUUAGGGACGAUUUACCUACUUUACUGGACAACAACUCUAAUCCACUUAUGGAACUCCUCAACAAGGAUUUUGACUUUGAAAAACCUGAAUCAGAGUUAUCUAUUUUUAACAGCUCAGUAAACGAUUUCAACAAGAUUGAUGAGGAGAUUAGUGAGAAACUGCAAUCCAUAAAGUUCAUGGGUCCUUUUGAGAGGUAUAAAAUGGUGAAACCUUUUAUACAAGCUGAAGAGGAACGAUUGGCAGCUGAAAAGGAAAAGGCUGAUAACGAGAAGAAGGCUGAUGAACCCACAGACGAUCAACGAAUGGAAUCUAUACGGGAACACUUCAUGAAUCUCACAAAACAGACAGAGGCGGACAAGGCGGAAGAGGAGAGGAGUUUGGUGGAAAUGGGCGGCUCCAAGAAACGAAAACACGACGAGUUAGAAGAAAUUUCCCAUCACGAUGCUUACGAACAGCCAGAAAAUACGCUUCACACGCCCGUUCCCCAUGUCACGCUUUCUGGAGAUAAUAUAGCUAAGAGGGGACAGAAGAGGAAAGCCAGCGAAAUGGAGCACAGUCCUGAAAAACAGCCGAAGGGGCAGAAUAAACAGAACAAUCAAAAUCGGGGUAAUAAAAACGAUAAGGGUGAUAAGUUGUCGAAGAAGCAAAAGGCUAGGCAAAAUAAAAAAGAGAAAAAGAAAAAUAAUUAUCAGAAUGUUCAGGAGAACUUUUCGUCUUUCGAUUACUCGUCUGUGGACUACCGGCAGUUCCAAGGUGGCGCUUCAGGCGUCCAAAAUCCAAAAGACUUUAAAAGCAAUUUCAAAUCAAAGGGUAAAAAUCGGGCCCCUAAUAAAGGUUUCAACAGGGCACAAACAUUUGGUGGCAAUAGGGGUGGAAAAGGAAGAGGAGGAGGAGGAAGAGGCAGAGGAAGAUAGAUUAAGAAUAAUUAUAAUUGUAUAUAGUAAUUAAUUUAAUGUUUUGUAUUUUUUUGAACGUUUAUCCGAGUUUAAAUAAAUAAUUUGUAUUGA